UCCAUCCACCAACUAAUUUAUUUGAUACGAUGGGGAGUCCAACUCAGAAACCCCAACAAAAUCCUCAACAAGAUGAUCAUGGAGAAGAAGUUAAACAAGAAGAAGAAGAAGAAGAAACGUUCACAUGUGAAAUUUGUAUUGAACCAGUUACCCUCCGACACAAGUUCAAGAUCAACAACAAAUGCCCUGAUCACCCCUUCUGUACUGAUUGUAUGAUCAAGUACAUCCAGGUGAAGCUAGAAGACAACAAAUCAGACAUAAGAUGCCCUGCUACUUCCUGCAGCCAUUCACUCGACCCCUUCUCAUGCCGCCCCACAAUCACACACCAACUGUUUGAUAAAUGGGGUGAUGUGUUAUGUGAAUCCGCCGUGUUAGGCGUUGAGAGGGUUUACUGCCCUAACAGAGAGUGCUCGGAGUUGAUUCUGAACGAAUGUGGUACUCGUAAGCUCAAGAGAUGCGUGUGCCCUGAUUGCAAGAAGCCUUUUUGUUUCAGGUGUAGGGUUCCAUGGCAUGCUGGUUCUACUUGUAGAGAGAUGAGGGAUGAAAACGACGUCGCUUUUGAUGUUAUUUGCGAGAAGAAUAAGUGGCAGAGGUGUCCCAGCUGUAGGUGUCGUGUAGAACAUGUUGGUGGAUGCAACCUUAUUAUGUGCAAAUGUGGAACCCAAUUUUGCUACAAGUGCGGAAAACGGUGGUGUCGCCAUGGUUUAAACCGUAGGCUUGAAGUAUAUGGAUGUGUAUUUAUGGUUUUGGCUUUUGUUAUUAUAAUAAUAGUUGGAACAAAGGAGGGGGCGUUUCAUAGGCAACAUCACGCCGCCCCACCUCUUUAAAAUCAUGUUCAUCGGAAAAUUUUAAAAAAUUUCUAAUUCGAAAAUCGUUGAACAUGUUAAGUAUGUGAAGCAUGACCAUUUCCAUAGGCUAACCCUUUUUGGUUUGAACUUGACCAUCGUGAUUUACCCUUUGAUUAUUUAUAUGGUGUAUUUGUGAAGUGGGUGGUUUUCAGUUUAGAUGUCCAUGUAUCAUAUAGUUGUUAGCUUCUUCUAUGGAAGAACCUUGCUGUUUAAUGAUACGUUGCUACUACUGGGCUCAAACAGGCCCAAGGGGACACUUAAAAAGCCUGCUAAGUUAAUGAUGAGAUUUAUAUGCAACAAGUAAACAAUUUUACA